UCCACCCGGCUCUUCUUAAGCCCGAGCUCUAGUUCCUGUCCUUCCCUUAGCUUAGCGGAGCUCGCUAGCCAGGUAGCCAGGCGAGUCACAUUGAGUGUCCUCGACAAUCAAGCCAUGAAAGCGACGACACCUCGCGGCGGCGGCCCGGAGAAUGUGAUGCCGAAGAAGAGGAAGAAGGCGGGCGCGGGUGGGUUCAUGUUUGGCUGCGGCGGCUCCAAGUCGGUGGCCGUCGUCGCCGGCAACCUCUCCACGAUGGCACUGGCCAAGUCGUCGUUGUCGAGCACCGCGGCAACGGCUAAGCCAGCGCCUGCAGCGAAGCCGAGGGCGCCGGCCUCCCACGACGCCGAGGGCGCGCCGAGCGUGGACGCGCUCCUGGGCCAGCUGCGCGAGCUGGAGCGCGGCGUGCGCGCGCUGGGCGUCCGGGUCCGGGAGGAGGACGGCGAGCAGGCGUGCCAGUGCAGCGGGAGGCCGCGGCACCGGCGGGGCGCGAGCGACGUGUGGGGAGGCGGGCGCGGGCGGCUGGAGGAGGAGAGCGUGGCGGUGGUGACGGAGACGGAGGACCCGCUGGGCGAGUUCCGGCGGUCCAUGGCGGAGAUGGUGGUGGAGAACGGGAUCACGGGCGGCGCGGAGCUGCGUGAGCUGCUGCAGCGGUUCCUGUCGCUCAACUCGGCGCGCCACCACCACCUCAUCCUCCGCGCCUUCGCCGACGUCUGGGAGGAGCUCUUCGCCGGCAGCGGCCGCGACCCCAUGCAGAAGCACAAGCAGAAGCGUCCUGCUGUCUCCCCCGCACCCGCAGGCCACAGAGGCCGGGCGAGCAGCUAGCUGCACGUACGCACUGACACGUUAACCACAGUCCGUAAACUUCGCCAUGCACCCACCCUCGGGAAUUGUUGCCGUCCGAUCCGAUGAAAACAUGCGUCGCGUGCGUGGUUUUCAGUGCCGUGAUGAGAAGGAACGACGUGCAUGCAUGUGGCUGGCACCUGAGCCUCGCCUGAAUCAGUUGUCUCUUCCGUUAAUCCUGUAAA